AUGCUGCCAAUUGAAGUAUUAGCCGAAGAACGGAAAGCCAAAGGUAAAGUAACGACCACACUGAGCCCUGGAGAACUUGGCAAGGAGGAACGGCUAAACAGCAUACGACGAUGGCAAUCGAAGUGGGAUACCAGUACAAAAGGCAGAUGGACCUACCGUCUUAUUUCACAAGUUGAUGUCUGGGUAAACCGUAAUCAUGGUGGGGUCAAUUACUACCUGACACAAAUGAUCUCAGGAUAUGGGUGCUAUCGGGCAUACCUCUAUAAAUAUAAGUGCUUAGGCGACGGAUAA